GGCAGUUCCGAAGAUUGUGUGACAUUGCGCUCUUGGAACACGUCCACCUAUAAACAGGUUGGACACCCGUGGACUGGGUACUCCCAGCGUAUCAUCUUGAACUUAACGGGAACCCUUCUCGCAUCAGCAUCGGGAUUUAACGACGGCACCGUUCGCCUGUGGGACUUUCGCACAAAAACAGAAGUUGCCCGAUUUCAGCACCCACACCCACACGAACUGUUCUUUCUGGCAUUUUCAGUGGAUGGACGCUUUCUAUUCAGUGCUGGGGCCAACAAGAAAAUCUUGCAAUGGAAGAUACCGGACGACGUUCUCACGGCAGCGGGCAUUGAUCCUCUGGCUGAGGAGAACAACGAGGUUGAUCCUUCACGAGGCAAGCAAAAGAAUCCAAAUCGCUUCAAUAUUAAUUCGGAGAUUCCUGGCCAGCGCCGCAAUAAACCAGGGAACUACCAGCCCAUCGACAGGUCGCACACACGGACUACUCACUCUGCAUUUUUUGAGCGCGCCGGAGCAGAACGCCCUGACCCUUCAUCCACUCGCUUGCAUGGUGUCAGAACCUUUUUCGAUCGCAUUCAGCCGUCAUCAGACAAGAAAGGGAAGCAAAAUGAGCAUAAACCGAAGCGGGAUGCUGCGGUUGUUGAUGUUCCUCUCGGACAAGCCACAUACGUUUGUUGUUUGCAAUUCUAUUGGGCUCGCAAGAUCUGACAAUGUCCUUCGUUAGGGUGACGUUGUCGGUGUGGAUGACGGACGACGA